AUGAGAAACACUCCCUUCUCCGAGACCAACACUUUGCUCUCUCGCGUCUCCAACGGUGUUAUCGGGAUUACUACAGAACCCACCGUCCGCACCGACUCUCCCCUUCCCUCCACUUCGCCCAGACAUGACCCUCCCGACCAACACAAUACGCAAAUCAUCGGUACUGCCGUUGAAAGCACCGGCAAACCGGUGGCGGUCGAAUGGACAUCCAAACCUAACACCAGCUCUACCGUCAGCGACCCCGAAUUCUACAAAGAGCUCGAUGACAUCGACCUCACAGAGAUCGCGAGCGUAUACCAAGCUGCUCUCAAAGUCACCAUUAUUACAGCCAUUCACGGAUAUUGGACUCGUCCGGAACGAUUUGUGGAUGUGCGGCACCCAGUUUAUCGUAGGAUGGCUCAUGAAGUGGUUCGCCGGGGCCAUCGUUAUCGCUAUGUCAGAAUCCCAGCACCAGAAAACAACCAGACAUCGGAUUCGGAGAAGAGUACGAGAGAGAUUCCGAAGUGGAGGCUCGAGAAAGAAGCGGACGUAGCAAUGGCUGCGGCUGGGUUGGCGUGA